UAGAAUUUAGCUGCCCUUCCUUUACACUAUAUUAUUUGUUAAUGUCUAUCACUCUAUUUUCAUAUUUCUUUCCAAUAACUUGUUUAAAGUUUCGAAUCUGUCUUCCCCCAUUUCAAGCAUUUUCUUUGGUCAAAUGGGAAACUGGUUGUUCUUGUUUUAAGUUUCUUAUCUAUCUCACAAUCUUCUUUCACAUACUUCCAUUAUUUUAUGCUCUAAAUUCUUCCUUAAACUUGUCCAUUUUGUCUCUGUUUUGUAUUUUUGGAUUAUGAAGAUGUUUCUGUUUACCUUUCCUCAAACUGGGUUCUCCAGAAAGUUUGUGUUUUUUUCUUAAAAUAACUGUUGGUUCAUCUCUUUCAGCUUUGGUGCUAUCCUUUUCUUUGUUAACAAUACAUUCUUUUAUUUGUUUUUGAAUUCUCUCCUCUCUCUCUCAAGUGAGGGUUUUGAUUUUGAUAAUUUUAGUUUCUUCUACCUCUGGUUUUCAAAAGCCAUUCUUUCUUUUGGGUCUCCCAGUUGGCCUUCUGGUUCUCAGAUUCCCUGAAAAUAAGUGGUCACUGUCAUUUUUUUUUUUUUCAUUUUUAUCUUCUGUAUUCUUUUCCUGUCUCUCAAUUCAGCUGGAUUAAAACCAGGCAUUCCAUUUUUUACUCCCAUUCUCUUAAACUAAGCAAUUCUUUCUUACCCUUGAAAAGGAAAGUUUUAUAUCAGUUUGUUUAAAAUUUUUGCAUUCUUCAUUCUUGGAGUAUUCAAGGAAAAAUUAGUUUCCCUUUUUCUAAAUCCACAUUUGGUUUAUACCCUCUUCAGAAGACAGCUUCAUUUUCCUAACCCUGGUAACAAAAUGAGUUUUUUAACAGGAUCUCCCAAAAAAUCUUGGCAGCCUAUCAUGACAGAGGAUACAACAACUUCCAAUUACUGGCUCAAUUGGAGGGUUCUGCUUUGCAUUAUAUGGGUUCUUCUUACACUGAGUUUUGCAUUGUUUUUGAUAUGGAAAUAUGAGUGCCGAGGGAAUAAGGAAUGUGAUAGAGAAGAAACUCGGAAAGAAGAAGCUGGAGAUUUGUAUGAUGAUGAGACAUGGCGGCCCUGUUUUAAGGGAAUUCAUCCUGCAUGGCUGUUGGCCUUCAGAGUAUUGGCUUUCUGUGUACUUUUGGUGCUCCUCAUUGUCACUGCCAUUGUUGAUGGAGGAGACAUAUUUUACUUCUAUACGCAGUGGACUUUUACUUCAAUCACCAUUUAUUUUGGGCUUGGAUCAUUGCUCUCCAUUAAUGGCUGCUACCAGUAUCAGAAGAAAGUUAGUGGUGAGAAAGUGGAUAAUGUGGAGGGAGAUGCAGAACAAGGCACUUCUGCAGGUGGAAACGGUUCGAUUACUUCAAAUACAGAGAAAAAUCCAUCCCUUCGUGAAGAACAUCGUCUCGUACGUCACCGUGCAGGAUUUUGGGGUUAUGUCUUUCAGAUUAUCUUCCAGAUGAAUGCAGGUGCUGUUAUGCUGACAGAUUGUGUCUUUUGGUUCAUAAUCGUUCCGUUUCUUACCAUCAAAGAUUACAACCUUAAUUUUUUGAUAAUAAAUAUGCACACCAUUAAUGCUGUUUUCUUGCUAGGAGACACUGCUUUGAACUCUUUGCGAUUCCCAUGGUUUCGGAUCGGGUAUUUCUUCCUCUGGACGGUUGUUUACGUAAUCUUUCAAUGGAUCGUUCACGCUUGUGUGAGAUUAUGGUGGCCAUAUCCAUUUCUUGAUCUCUCAUCUUCAUUUGCUCCUCUUUGGUACUUGUCCGUGGCUCUAAUGCACAUUCCUUGCUAUGGCAUCUUCAUACUAAUCAUGAAGCUGAAACACCAUGUAUUUUCGACGCGGUGCCCGCAAUCCUAUCAAUGUACGAGGUAAUCGACGGAGACUGUAAAGACAUCAUUAAACUUCUCCAGAGGAGGAAAACAAGCAUAAAUGGCAAAAGCAAACUUAAUAUAAUUGAUCUGUAGGGAAAAGUGUUUGAUGUAAAUGAGUUCUGCAGACAUGAAAAUCUUAACAGGAAAGACAGCAGCAAAAGAUUCAAGGUUUUCUUAGGCAAUUAGAUUAACAAUCUUCUCAAAAAGAGUUGUAUGCACAAUACAUAUAACUUAUAUGUAUGUAAACCACAGGAAUAUUUUUCUAUUUGGUAUAGAAUAUAAAGAGAGCUCAGCCUUCGUUCUCUAUUUGUGUCCUACCAUAUUCAUCCUUUGUAAUGGUUUGUCAUUUUCAUUUGCCCUUUAGUUUUUCCCAA